UGUGUUUGUCAAAUUUGUAUUUAUACACGAAGCCAUUUUGUUACAUUACACGCAAUUGUUUAUAAGUAUUUAUCAUUUUGUAACAAUUUGUGAUUGAAGUAUUUCAAGUGUUUAGUUUUUGCGCUUAAAAACUGAAUAACCUAAAAUAAUAAAACGUUAGGUUAAAAAAUGUCUGGAGGAGGUGAUCAGGAUGACGGUUAUAUUGCGAAAUUAAGGGGGCUACCUUGGUCAGCCACCACGGACGAUAUAAUUACGUUCUUUAAGGACUGUAACAUAAAGGGUGGUAAAAAUGGUAUUCACAUGACAACGUCACGGGAAGGGAGGCCUAGUGGUGAGGCAUUUGUGGAAUUUGUGGACGUUGAGGAUUUGCAACGUGCUCUUCUCAGAGACAGGGAUCAUAUGGGAAAUAGAUACAUUGAAGUGUUCAAAGUAAACAGGGCUGAAAUGGAGUGGGUUAUUAAAAGAUGUGGACCAAUGUAUGGAUCUAAUGAGGACGGGUGUGUGAGAUUGAGAGGAUUACCUUUUGGUUGCUCCAAGGAGGAGAUUGCACAGUUUUUCACAGGGUUGGAGAUAGUGCCGAACGGAAUAACCCUUCUGACUGACUACUCGGGGAGAAGUUCUGGGGAGGCGUACGUACAGUUUGUUAACAAAGAAGUCGCAGAGAAAGCUCUGCUCAAACACCGGGAAAGAAUAGGACACAGAUACAUAGAAAUAUUUAGGAGCAGCCUGUCUGAGGUGAGCAGCGUUUUGGGUUACAACGGUCGUCGUAUCGGGGGCGGUCCAGGGGGCAUGGGCUACAACUCCCGUCCGAGCCCCUACGACCGCGGCGAUCACCGUUACGGCGGCAUGAACCGCUUUCAGUCGCGGGGUUCGAGGAGUUUCAAGGGCGGAUUCUCCAACUCCAUUGUGUCCGGUAAAUUAAACGAGCAAAAAAAUAACGAUGGGGAGAUAAUAAAGUGUUUUCUGCAUGGGCUUAUUACAGACAGGAAAUUUAACGAUUACGACGUGCCGAAUAGUCCUUGGAUGGGGGCAAGUCGAAAUGGUAGUUUGGCAGGUAGUGAUCGGAGCCCUUACAGCAUGAGUAGCUGGAACGGUUCUAACGAUAGGGGAGUUUCUGCAGGGAUUCAUUGCGUUCACAUGAGGGGCUUGCCUUUUAAAGCCACCCAAAUGGACAUUGCUGACUUUUUUAAACCUAUAAUUCCGGUGAGUAUUAGACUGUUGCAAGAUGGGUCGGGUAGGGCUUCGGGGGAGGCAGAUGUUGAAUUUGCUAGCCACGAGGAUGCUGUCCGGGCCAUGAGCAAAGACAAAGGACAUAUGCAGCAUCGUUAUAUAGAACUGUUUUUGAAUUCGUCGGCCAGUAACGGGCCCCCGUCCAGCGGAGGGUGUUACGGGGGCCUGGGACGACGCAGACCUUAAAUUGUGAAGUCAUUUCAAUUUCUGUUCUUUGAAGUGGAAAUGAUCAGUAAAAAAAGAGAAGAGAAAAAGAUUGGUUGUUGUUAAACUAUUUAAUUUCGUCGUCGGUAUUCGAAUUACUAUUUUUCUUUCUUUUUAUUACUGUCACAUUGUGUUCGUAUAUUGAAGGAAAAAAUAUAUGUACAAGCACGUU